CUUCCAAGCUCGAGUCCUCCGUUCCGUUCCAGAUAAAUCCGGUUCGGUUCUUUUUCUCCGUGGGGCUCGACCGCUUCCAUCACGCUCUCGGAAGGAUGGCGUUCGUCGACGCCGACAAGCUCAGUUACGAGAUCUUCUCCGUCCUCGAGAGCAAGUUCCUCUUCGGCCUCGACGACCCCAACAAGCUCUUCUUCCCCACUUCCUCCUACUCCUCAGCUGGCGCCUCCCCCCGGACCGCCGCAGGUGCCCGAGGAAGGAUCCGGAUCCUGUCCAUCGACGGCGGCGGCAGCCCCUCCGAUGCCCUCCUCGCCGCGGUCGCCCUCGCCCGGCUCGAGUCCUCCCUCCGUCACCGUUCCGGCGACCCAUCCGCCCGCGUUGCCUACAUGUUCGACGUCGCGGCCGGCUCCGGCGGCGGCGGCGUCCUCGUCGCGAUGCUCUUUACCAGGGACCACGACGGUCGGCCCUUGUUCUCCGCAACCGACGCCCUGCACCUCCUCCUCUCCGAGAGCCGCCGCCGCGGGCGCGGCUUCUCCUCCGGGAGGGGCCUAUUCCGUGGGAUGUUCCGUCGACCCGGGAGAUUCUUCCGUCGGAUCUUCGGCGACGCGACGCUGAGGGACACCGUCAAGCCGGUGCUCAUCCCGUGCUACGACCUCGCCACGGGGGCGCCGUUCCUCUUCUCGCGGGCUGACGCGGUAGAGGCAGACGGGUACGACUUCCGGAUGUGGGAAGUGUGCGCGGCCACGUGCGCCGACGCAUCCACCGCGGCGGUCGAUCUGCGGUCGGUGGACGGGCGGACGCGCGUCACCGCGGUGGGCGCCGGGGUGGCGAUGGCCAACCCUGUGGCCGCGGCCAUCACGCACGUCCUCCACAACAAGCCGGAGUUCCCGUUCGCGGCCGGGGUGGAAGACCUCAUGGUGGUGUCUCUCGGCGCUUCCGCCCCCGCGCCAGCCGCACCGGGUGCCGCUGAGCUCGUCAGGAUCGCUGGCGAGGGCUUCGCCGACAUGGUGGAUCAAGCGGUGGCGACGGCAUUCGGACACCGUAGAGCAAGCAAUUACCUGCGCAUACAGCUUGAUCCAGCUGUAAGGAAAGCAUUUGAUGUGGCAUAUGCCAAUAUUUAUGCAUUUCAUGAUGCUCAAAGGGUUCCUGAGAAGGAUAUUGAGAAUAUGACAGGAGUUCGGUGCAAAAGGAUAGCAAGGUGCAUCGGCGCUGUAGGGCUUUAUGUUCCAGGGGGUACUGCAGUUUUACCCUCAACUGCUCUCAUGCUUUCAGUGCCCGCACAUAUUGCCGGGUGCAAAACUAUUGUUCUUGCAACUCCGCCAAGUCGUGAUGGUAGCAUUUGCAAGGAAGUACUUUAUUGUGCCAAGAAAGCCGGUGUAACUCACAUUCUAAAAGCUGGGGGAGCUCAGGCAGUCUCAGCAAUGGCUUGGGGAACUCCAUCUUGCCCAAAGGUUGAAAAAAAUUUUGGCCCAGGAAAUCAAUAUGUUACUGCUGCAAAAAUGAUUCUCCAGGUUGCAUUUGCUUGCACUAUGACGACUCUGUCCAGAGAUACACCACGGAGAUCAGGGCCCAAUUAGAAUAAGUAGAGAACUAGUCUUGGUCAAAUGGGAAGAAAAGCCUGCUAUAUGUUUAAUUGUAUCAGCAGAAAAAGUACCUUUUAGUAACAAGCCGAGAUAGAACAAGAUUUAACUAUGGAAAGAGAACAGAAUAUAGAUGAGAAAGAUGCGUAGGAACUAGGAACAACCAUCAUCUUUAGCAUCAUAUGUACAUGUCAAAUGGAAAGAAAAGCCUGCUAUAUGGUUGAUCUCAUCAGCAGAAAAAAUAAAUUUUAGGUAACAAGUCAAGAUAGAAUAUAUAUAUAUAUAUAUAUAUAUAUAUAUAUAUAUAUAUAUAUAUAUGUGUGUGUGUGUGUGUAUACAUAUAUAUACACACACACUUAUACAUAGUUGUAGACGUUAAGAAAUAAAAUCACCACUAGAAAUCUUCAUUGUUUUCUUCAGCUAGAUCCUUUUUUUCAAUAUUUUGAAUCCUUAAGGACUCUUUCUAACUGAGGGCUGACAUUUUGUGGACAAAGAACCACUAGAACCAUAUUGUAACUUUUUGUCAACUGUAACAGAAUUCUUAUUGCUACCCAACUUUUUCUCAUUUUAGAAGUCCUAUUGUAACACUAAUGCUUGUCAUCUACUUUUUAUAGAUUUGACAUCAUUUUGACUCCUGGAUACAAUCAAAAUAUCAUCUAUUAGUUGUAUUUAACAUGGAUUUUAAAUAAAACUAUUUUUUUCUUAA